AGGAAACCAGGAUGGGAAUGCAGAGCGUGGCUGUGGCUUGUGGGGCACUGGCCUUGUGCCUGGCACUCACCACAGCCACCAACCCCGGCUUCGUGGUGAGGAUCACCCAGGCAGGCUUGGACUACGCCCAACAGCAGGGGAUCGCGAUCCUGGAGAAGGAGCUGGCCCAGCUGAAGCUGCCAGACUUCCCGGGUAAAUCGGGGAAGGUGCGCUAUUCAUUCUCCAGGCUGCGCAUUCCCAGUUUCCGCUUGCCACACUCCCGGAUUACCCCGAUCUCCAACGUGGGCCUGCAGGUCUCCAUCUCCAAUGCCUUUGCCGAGCUGGACGGGGACUGGCGGGUGAAGUUUCUCUUUAUCAAGGGACAUGGAUCUUUUAACCUGAAGGUAGAAAAUGUCAACAUGAAAAUCAUCCUGAGGCUGGGGAGUGACACCACUGGGAGGCCCACCAUCAGCACCUCGGACUGCAGUGCCCACAUUUCCAAAGUCCGGGUGCGCUUUUCUGGCAAGCUUGGGUGGCUUUACAACCUGUUCCAUCGCGUUAUUGAGAGGAAGUUGCAAAAGAAUUUAGAGAGCAAGGUGUGUGACAAUGUGGCCAAGUCUGUACAAAACGAGCUCCAGAAGCAAGUCCGGACGAUGCCAGUCACUGCCAGGAUAGAUGACAAGAUUGGGAUUGAUUAUUCCUUGGUGGCACCCCCAAGAGCUACACCCAAGUCCCUGGACCUGGACCUGAAGGGUGAAUUCUACUCCCUGGCCCACCGCUCCCCCGUCCCCUUCUCGCCGCUGCCACUGGCCUUCCCCUCGGAUCACGAGCGCAUGGUUUACUUUGGAGCCUCCAGCUACUUCUUCAACACAGCCGGCAUUGCCUACCACGAGGCUGGGGCACUGGUGUUUGAAAUCACAGAGGCCAUGAUUCCAAAGGAGGCAGGAUUCAGCUUGGACACCUCUAUCUUCUCAGCCUUGAUUCCCCAGCUGGAAGAGAAUUAUCCAAACAUGCCAAUGAAGUUCAGGCUGUCCACUCCCACUGCUCCAUUCCUGACUAUUGGACAAGGAGGAAUCUCAUUCCAGCCUAAUGUGGAUAUCCAGGCUUAUGCCAUCCUUCCCAACUCCAGCCUGGCUCCUCUAUUCCUCCUCAGCCUGACAGGGAACGUGUCCGCUGUCAUCAACGUGAGAUCCGGCAGCAUAGUUGGGAGCCUGGAUGUGGGCAGGAUCCGGCUCUCUCUGAAGGAUUCAGCUGUCGGCCCGUUCCAGGUGGAAUUUCUGCAAUCCAUAAUGAACUACUUGACUUCCAGUGUCCUCCUCCCACAUCUUAAUGCCCGCUUAGGUGAGGGUUUCCGUCUGCCGCUGCCAGACAGGAUUCAGCUCUCCAAUAUCCUUGUGAGGUUCCACCAGAAUUUCCUGCUGCUUGGAGCAGACGUUCGCUUCCAG